UUGGUUAUGCAACUUCUCAGUAUUGUCUACGAUUUAUAAACUCACUCGGCUUGCUCUGUGCUCUGCUCAUCAGUGCUUGUUUCGUCGAGUUUUAGUUCAAAAAGAUAGAUGAUAACAGAGACCAGAGUGAUGUGUUCGAAUUUUAACGCCAUUAUGUAACUUUGACUAAAGCUGCACGCUUAAUUUUGAUCGUUCUUUUUUUCACCAUCGUUCAGUGAAGUUUACGACUACGAAUUGUUGCAGUGUAUUUCGAAUUAUAGCUUUAAAAAGUGUGAAUUUCGACAUCGUGUUGUUACAAUUUUCCUAUCUGGCGAUCGAUAUAGUGAUAUUAUUUACGUAAAAAUGAACGACGCCGACGAUUCGCCGAUGAAAUUACAAUGUUUGGCUGCCAAAUCGAUAUGUGUUCGUCUGCUACACAAAUGGGCAGAAGGCGAGAUACCCGUAAUCAAUGUUUGGAAAAGAGCUCAGGGGUACGGUACCGACCAUUGCAAGGAUCACGACUGGUUCCUUUGGCAGUUGAGCGAAAUGCAAGUACCUCAAUUCGCGUACAUAUCCGGUGAAAUUCAAAACCAAAUCGAAGACAACAUGGUACCGAUCUUAGAAACGGUUUAUUGGUGGAUUCGGGCCCAUCACGGGUGUAAUAAUUUCUUCCACGAUCAACCAUCGUCUCCGUUGAACGAAUACAUCGUGAAACUAGUCUGGAACCAUCAUUUCAAAAUCGAUAGGUUGGCUACGGCGAAAAAUAUCCUAACCAAUGAAAAGCUGAGUCUGUUGGAGAGGUUCAGAUUCGCCAGUGUUUAUUGCCUCGUCGACGAAAUAGAAAAGUUUCGUGGAAUGAUCGAUUCGAUACCGGAAUUUGAUUUUAAGGCGGAUCCGUUCGUGGCAUAUUGGAGCAAGUAUUUGAGAAACAAGUUACAUACGAUAUCGGUACCGAAGAAUAAUUCUUCGAUCGAAAUGUUGCUAUUUAAUACUGCGAUGGAACACGGUUUGUGGCCAACUGUCGAGUACUUCUUCGAUAAAUUAGACUCGGCGCAGAAAACCUCCAAAUUCGAAAGUAUCCUCGGAAUGUACGGCGAAUUCUACCGGGACGAUUUCUCAGCCGGAUUGGCGCGAAAAAAAUGGAAUCCGUUGUGUUGUUUCGCCAGCUCGAAAAUCAUCGCCAGAAUCGUCCGGUACGGUUCUCCGGAGCAAGUACGAAUCGUUUGGAAGCUGUUCGAAAGUAAAAUGAAUCCGAAGAAUUUCUACGGCAUUCUCGAAACGCUGGUACCGUUAUCGAUGCGAAACGCGAGCGAAUUCGAAAAAUGGACCCCAUUGUUGAUGGAAAUCUGGACCGACGCUAGCAACAAUUUGAAACAAUCGGCAAUCGAUAUGAAACUUUGGGAGAGUAUCGGUGAAAAAUUCUUCGAUCACUUUCGAGACGAACAUAUACCUGAGUUUCGUGCGCGUCGACUGAUCAGCGAUCCGAUGAAAUUCAUCAGAAUUGUGUUGAAGAGCAUGCCCGCCAAGAAGAGAUUUUUCGAGAAAAAUUUCUGUUGGUUGAUCCUGUGGGCGCCGUUUGCUGCGGUAGAUGAAUUGAUGCGCGAUGGUCUGGAGCAUUAUGAUCGCGACGUUAUCGAGCUGAAAAAAGUCAUCGCCAAUGACGAGGUCAAAACGCAAUGGUCGCUAAGUUCAUUGCUGGCAUAUGGUGAAUAUGACGAAAUCGAUGCCAUAAUAUCAUUCUAUCUCCCCGGUAUCGAUCGCAUUCUCGAAACAAAAAUCAGAAACGGCGUCAUAACGCAAAAUGAUUUGCGGUGGUAUAAGGUGACGUUUAUAAUGUCUCCGGAUAAUUUUGAUUCCAUGUUAAUGCAGGUUUAUCGUGGCGAUUGGAAGGAAUUGUACAAGUACAUGGAGGAAAACAUUUCGUGGGUAAAUCCCGAUACGUCUAGAGACGUAAUGAUAAAAUUGUUCAUGACAACCCGCAGAUAUUUUGCUCGUAAAAUCGACGGAGGCCAGAUGAACGACUUGAAGGAAUUCGUCAGCAUGAUCUAUUCGAAUACUAAACCCGAAGACGAAUUCUACGCCCAGCACCAACUGAAAUUUUUGAAAAGGUUGUUCGAAAAUCGCCUGGCGAAAGUUUUGUUCAAGACGGAUCACACGACCAACUAUCGCAAAAAAAUGACUUUCGAUCGAGCUGCCGUGCGCGAGUUUUUGUUGUGGAUUUACGACGGUGACGAAAAAUUAAUGGAUAAAAUCUUCAAGCAACCGCGCCUGUUUCCUUCUGGAUUUUUGGUUCAGUUGAAAGGAUGCGUUGCCGAAGGUUGCUUCCAAGCUACCGAGUCGAUGGAUGAGUUUUUGAAAUGGUGUUUUGCAACCGAAGCAGAAAGGCAACGGUUUAAACGCAAGAUGAUAUACGAUUACCGACAGUAUCAGUUGAUCGAAGGUCUACUGAUGCGUCGAAAAUAUCGUCCAAGGAUGCUGUUGUGGUUUUUUGACGGAGAUGCCUGGUUGAUUGAAAAAUUUACGGCUGAUUAUGGGCCUAGUCCGAUUCACGGGUAUUAUAUUAGCGACGAUAGUAGCGACGAUAGUGACGAAGAGGAUUGGGAUUAGAUAUUGUAGCAUUUUUGAAGUAAUGUACUGAAAAUUCGCUGAAAAUGAGCGAUGAAUAAAGAAAUUCAGAUUCUUGACUAAUAGGUAAUUUUUGUAAACGUAGAAUCGUUUUUUUCGAGUAUUUUUUUUGUUUUGUUUUUUAAAGAUAUUAUUGUUUUUGUUUUUAAAGCGAAUAAUUGUAAAUUGUUCUGAAAUAAGUCGUACUAGUCUGUUUAUUUUGAAUUUUUAUUUUUUCUAAUUGAAAGUUGUUGACCAAGGAAUUGCUUUUUGUUUUUUUCGUUAUGAUCUAAAUGAUUAUUUUUUUACAAUUGUUUUAUCGUAAUGUUGAAAAGUAUUUCAGAAUAAAUCGUGUGACGUA